CCUGUCACUUUAACCUUGCCGGCGUUAACAGUUGCUUUCCUUCACUUCUUUAACCUCUCUCUCUCUCUCUCUCUCUCUCUCUCUCUAGUGUGUAGAAAAAACAAAGAAUCUAUACUUUCUAUGGCUAGAUCACACGAUAAGCAUCUCGGAUCUAGAUCGGAAUCAAUGGCGACGCUGCAGAAAUUCAAGAUGUUAGCGACACAAUGCGCGGUUGCCGGAAGUCCUACGCGGAGUCCUUCCUCAAGCCCUGUUAUUCACCUCCGCCGACGGAAGACGCUACGGAUGUUACUGAGUCGCGGCGGCGGCGAAACCACCCGGCGGUUGCCGCCACCUGAUGAGUUUGUAGAUCGGAGAGGAAGCGAUGUUGAUUCUUCGUCGGAGGAUGGGAAGGAUAACGGUGCAAGACGAAAGUUAAAGGACUUGUUUGUGUCGUCUUCGGUGUCUCCGCCGCUUGAUGACGGUGGACGUGAAGGUAGUGAAGAGACGAAUCGGUGGAGUGGUGACGGCGAUCUGAUUGGCCGGCGCGGUGGGUCAAGAAGAUUUAGGCAUUUGCCGGGGACGUUACGGCAGCGGUUACUUAGACGAGCAUGGAGGCCUGUUCUGGUGACAAUUCCUGAAUAAAUUUUGAUCUUAUUUUUGGAAAAUGUAGAGAUAAUUUCCAGAAAUCAUUACAAUAACAAUAACAGCGUAGUAGUAUUGAAUACUGAUUUUUUGUUUCAAAA